AUUUGAAAUCAGGUCGCGAAAACGUCUGUAGUAACGGAGCAGGCGCCGGGUGGAGAGAAGGCGAGAGAGCGGCGGGAUCGAGCGGAAAAUGGAAUCCGCAAUGGUCACUCUACGAAACAUGUUCGACCAGUUGCUCAGACAGAUGGAAGUACUGAAUGAAGGAACUGAACCUCAGUUUAUUCAGUUAGCCAAAAACUUUGAAGAGUGCAGAAGAAAAUGGCAGAAGACUGAGCUGGAGCUGUCCCGUGCCACAGAGUGCCUAACAAAAGCUGAGACUGAGCGAAGUGCACUUGAUGUCAAAUUGAAACACGCUCGUAACCAAGUUGACGUAGAAAUGAAACGUCGGCAGAAAGCAGAAACAGAAUGUGAAAGACUGGAACGUCAGAUUCAGCUUAUCCGAGAGCUCCUCAUAACAGAAGGCUCGACCAGCAUUCAAUUAAAUGAAGAACAGAAGUCUGCUCUUGCUUUCCUCAACCCCAAAUGCUCAAAUUCUAAUGGAUAUGCAUCCAACAAACGACUACCUACAAUAGAUGAGUCUGGAUCGUUUAUCUCUCAUUCCGACAUUAGCUAUGACAAGACUGAUGACUCAUUGGACUGGGAUUCCUCCAUUGUGAGGACUGUCAAGUUAAAGAAAAGAGAAAAACGGCGUUCAAGAGUCCUGGUUGACAUCCAGCCGGCCCCAGCUAAACGGUCACGAUCAAUUGAAAAGGCAAAUGACUCCAUUGUGGCUAAAACCACUCUGACCUUGCCAAAUAAUGGCGGGCCAAUCGAGGCAGUUUCUACAAUCGAGACGGUGCCAUACUGGACAAGAAGUAGGAGGAGAACAGCAAAUCUGAAAGGACAAGAUCUUGAUGCCAUCUCAGAAACUCCCUCAAGCACACCUUCAGUAGCCAGUAGAUCUGAUAAUUGUAGUACACCUCAGAGUAAUGGCGGGAUGAGGACUCAUGAGUUUGUCUCUAAAACGGUUAUAAAACCAGAGUCAUGCGUCCCUUGUGGCAAAAGGAUCAAAUUUGGGAAGUUGGCUUUGAAGUGCCGAGACUGCAGAGUUGUGGCUCACCCUGAAUGCCGAGAUCGCUGUGCACUCCCCUGUAUUCCAACUUUGGCAGGAACACCUGUAAAAAUUGGAGAGGGAGUGUUGGCAGACUUCACAUCUCAUAAGUCACCCAUGAUCCCAUCCAUUGUGGUGCAUUGCAUCAAUGAGAUUGAGCAAAGAGGCUUAUCUGAGACUGGUCUGUACCGUAUCUCGGGCUGUGACCGCACAGUGAAAGAGCUGAAGGAGAAGUUCCUGAAGGGGAAGAAUGUGCCAUUGCUCAGUAAAGUGGAUGACAUUCACGCAAUCUGUGGGCUUCUGAAAGACUUUCUGAGGAAUUUGAAGGAGCCCCUUGUGACUUUCAAACUGUAUUCAGCGUUUGUAAACGCAGCAGAAAUCCCUGAUGAUGAUAACAGUAUUGCAGCAAUGUACCAGGCUAUCAGUGAGCUGCCCCAGCCCAACAGAGAUACCUUGGCAUUUCUGAUGAAUCACCUGCAAAGAGUGGCUAAUAGCCCAAACUGCAAGAUGGACAUAACUAACCUCGCCAAGGUCUUUGGCCCUACAAUUGUGGGUUAUUCCACACCCGAUCCAGCCCCCAUGUCAAUGCUGCAGGAAACCAAGUGGCAACCAAAGGUGGUUGAACGUUUACUAUCCUUGCCAGUGGAAUACUGGAGCCAAUUUACAAUGGUGGAACAGGAGAAUAUCCAACCUAAUCAUAUCAUUGAAAACUCUAAUGCUUACAGCACUCCUGAAAUUAAAGUGAGCAUGCUUGGGCCACUUACCACUCCGGAACAUCAAAUAAUUGGUAAGACCCCCUCAUCCAGCUCCUUAUCGGCACGAGUCAAAUCCAGUCUGACCAAGACCACUCCCAAGUUUGGAAGCAAGAGCAAGCAGUCAAUCAAUUUCAAUCGAACUGGAAACUUUUUUGCCUCCCCAUUAUUGAAAUGAUCACAAAUUAACCAAAUAGUCCCAAAAAUCAGAACGGGUUCCUUGGAACUUCACGUUAAACCAACUACUUUGCUUGAGUAUUAUCCUCUGCAUAAUACAGCAGUCCUAAUACAGCAGUUUUAUACCUUGCAUUAGACAUUAAUAAUGUGUAAUCACCAGUCUAAUCCUUUAAAUAUAAUGUAGUUGACUUCUGUUAUUAGUGAUGGUACUUUUUUUAAAUGUAAGGCUUCUAUAUUGUAGUUUGUAAUACUAUGGCUUACUAUUAUGAUGAGGCUGUGUGUUGAAUUUUGUAACCUUUAGACCAACAACUGAUUUAGAAAGCCAUUGAUGCAUGCCUCAGAAACACUUAAAAGCCCAAAGUAAAAGAUUAUUUUACAAAGUCACGGGUUGUGGGGUUUGUUACUACAGAAUAGGAAAUAUAUGCAAGAAAACUAAAAGAUUGCUGUAAUCCAAUAAUUAUUUCAUAUAUCCUGCUGACUGAACAAUUCUGUCCUACUGUCAAUCUUGCAGAAUUUUGAUUUCCAUAAUUUUCUGCCUCUUGUGGAGCUAUUAAUUGAACUUGUAUAAAAGAACUGAGCAUUUUUUUUUUUUGCUGAAAUUUCAUAUCACUUUGGAAGUUAAAUUUAUUCAAGGGUACCCUGGAUGUAUGUGGCAAAUUUGUACUGUUUUACAGUUCCCUUCCUUUGACUUGUAUGUUAAUUCUCUUGCUCCCCUCCAUGCUUUAGUUGCAGUCCACCACAAAGCAAAAAUGCCAUGGAAUGAAUUUUCAGUCUACAUAGUUUCUAUUCAUUGCAGGCAUGGCCUGACUUCUGCCAGCUUUUAACUCAAUUGAUCGCGCUGGCAGUUUUUACCUUGUUUUAAACCUACUUGUCAUUACUACAAAGCCACAGCUUUGACACCAGUAGCUGUCCAGCCAUUCAAAUCACCAGUGGCAUUUUUAGCAUAAGAUGCUUACAAUCUGGACACGACAGAAUUGUCCAAGAAAUUGGUUUCAUAAAAUGCAUUUCAAAGUGAAGAAUUAACCAUUUUGUAUACACUACUCUUAGCAAUGGAGGGGGCACAGAACUCUUCAAAUUUGGGGUUACUAUGGCCCUUUUCAAUAGAAGUUUCAUUGUAAAAGCCAUACAAUUAAAAUUGUAUGUGCUGCUUUUGAUUUUUAUUGGGGAUAGAAUUUGGACAAACUAGAUUUAAAUUUGCUUUCUAACCCAUCGAUAACCAGAAGCUUCUAUUUUUUUAAAAAUACAUUGAAAUGUUUUCAUUUUAAUAGAUGUUUCAUCUGGUGUGUGUGUGUAUGCAUGUAAACAUCGUAACUUGUGAUCCAUUUUUGAAGUGCAAAAUUAGAUUGGGCACAGACUGAUGCCAAGUGCUUACCUCUGUUAUGACUUGUAAUAUGCAUUGAUAUACUUCUGUGGAGUUAUUGAAUUGGUUCAACACAGAUAUCCCAACCAGAAAAUUGCUAUUGUAUGUUAUGCAGACUAGAUAACUAUGGUGUAAUCUGCAUCUAUUCCCUUUACCUGUGCUUUUUUAAGUAUCCCUUUUAGUCAUUUGCAGGGUAACCAUUAUAAAAAGCCUAUACCAAA